GCGGGGAGGAUGGACAGAGCGUAGAUGGGUAAAAAGAGAGGGUGGUUUGACUUGGCCGUCAUCAGAGCAGGAAAUUCUGAGUGUGGUUAACUGAGCGGAACAGAGGAGAGGGAGGCUGCAGCUCUACCCUGCCUAAUACACCAUUCAAGCAUCGUGUUCAGACUGUGCAGUCACUGAGACGGGAGAGAAAGAAAUACCUGGGAGAAACAGAAGACGAAGUAAGGGAAGGACUAACAGAGUCCUGAACAGAAAGUAAGGGAAGGACUAACAGAGUCCUGAACAGAAAGUAAGGGAAGCCCUAAAAGAGUCCUGAACAGAAAGUAAGGGAAGGACUAACAGAGUCCUGAACAGAAAGUAAGGGAACGACUAACAGAGUCCUGAACAGAAAGUAAGGGAAGGACUAACAGAGUCCUGAACAGAAAGUAAGGGAAGGACUAACAGAGUCCUGAACAGAAAGUAAGGGAAGGAAUAACAGAGUCCUGAACAGAAAGUAAGGGAAGGACUAACAGUCCUGAACAGAAAGUAAGGGAAGGACUAACAGAGUCCUGAACAGAAAGUAAGGGAAGGACUAACAGUCCUGAACAGAAAGUAAGGGAAGGACUAACAGAGUCCUGAACAGAAAGUAAGGGAAGGACUAACAGAGUCCUGAACAGAAAGUAAGGGAAGGACUAACAGAGUCCUGAACAGAAAGUAAGGGAAGGACUAACAGUAGUUGUACAUAGAAAGUAAGUCCAGAAAAAGCUAAGAAGGUGAGACGACAGAGUGUCUGGAGAGACAAUGGACAGUUAAGAGAGCGGGAGGCAGACUAGAAUUUACCAGAACAUACCAAAAACAUUGACUGAAGACUGAAGAUCCAGCAUUACUAUCCCAAGAGGAGAGCCCUUUGGAAGGCAGGUCAUGCAGCCAGUGUGACUACGGAGGAGGCUGUCUGGUUCCUGUGAUGGUGUCUGCAGGUCCAAGUCCUGAGGCUGUUGGCCCUGUGCCUGGGCAGGAGUCUGGGGGUCGGAGGCUCUCCUGGCCGGUCCUGUUGCUGACCCUGGCGGCGGUCACCUCAUCGUCUCUCUCGGCUUUAUCUCUGUUCCAUCUGCUGGCUCUCAGGGCCGAGGUGGAGGGGCUCCGGUCAGAGGUAUUUCGCAGGAGAGAGGAGACACUGCAACAGAUGAGCAGCAGCUCCAGAACCAGGAGGAGCAGCUCCGCCCCUCCACACCCCCCUGACCCCCAGCCCCCUCCACACCCCCCUGACCCCCAGCCCCCUCCACACCCCCCUGACCUCCAGCCCCCUCCACACCCCCCUGACCCCCAGCCCCCUCCACACCUGCCUGACCCCGAGUCCCUUCCACACACCCCUGAACCCCAGCCCCCUCCACACCCCCCUGAUUGCCAGCCCCCUCCACACACACCUGGUCCCCAGCCCCCUCCACACCCCUCUGAGUCCCAGACUAGGCUGAUCUUCAUCAGGAAGAGGAGUGUGGGCACAGGACCUGAGAACACAGUGUCCUACUCUCUAGUGUCUCAACCCUGUCUACAGAUGCUGGCAGAUAGCAACAGGGAAACAUUCCAGAAAGAGUUUGCAUUGGAGCCUCACACAGGGAUCCCCUGGCAGGAGGGGCUUAGGAGAGGCUCCGCCCUGGAGGCAGAGAGUGACAGCAUUCUUGUCAGAGAGGAGGGAUACUACUUUGUCUACAGCCAGGUGUACUACAUGGACAGGAUCUUUGCCAUGGGUCAUGUGGUGAACAGGAAGAAGAGGAAUGUUGUGGGAGAUGAAGCUCAGCAUGUCACACUGUUCCGCUGUAUCCAGGACAUGAACCCUGUUUACCCAUACAACACCUGCUACACAGGGGGUAUAGUGAAACUGGAGGUCGGGGACAGGGUGGAGCUGCUGAUACCUCGCUCUACAGCCAAUAUUUCUCUGGAUGGAGAUUCUACUUUCCUGGGGGCCUUUAGACUGGUCUGACCCUGCCCAGGGGGGCUGAACCUGGGGGCCUUUAGACUGGUCUGACCCUGCCCAGGGGGGCUGAACCUGGGGGCCUUUAGACUGGUCUGACCCUGAGCAGGGGGGCUGAACCUGGGGGCCUUUAGACUGGUCUGACCCUGAGCAGGGGGGCUGAACCUGGGGGCCUUUAGACUGGUCUGACCCUGCCCAGGGGGGCUGAACCUGGGGGCCUUUAGACUGGUCUGACCCUGCCCAGGGGGGCUGAACCUGGGGGCCUUUAGACUGGUCUGACCCUGCCCAAGGGGGCUGAACCUGGGGGCCUUAAGGGAUACAAACUGGGGGGACUGGAAAUGGUGAGCUGGGAGAUACUGGCUGUGGUGGAGAAGAGAUAAUGGUUUUAAAUGUAAAAUAACUAAUGGCUUGUGGGUCUGGUAGCUACAUCAUCUUUUCUACUAUGAUGUCAACUGCUUUACAGUGUGACUGAGGGAUGGACGGACAGAUUCAUGGCCUAUGACUGGCUGAUGCAUUAUGUGACACCAGUGUCAUCACAAUGCGUGAUCUGAAAUGUUUGAGGCUUAAGUUGGCAGGUGGCUCAACAUUCAUUCAUGUAGACUCCUUUACACAUGUUGUUAUGGUCAUAUACAUUGUCAAUACACAUGUUGUUUAGGGCUGUGACGAUACCAGUAUUGCAAUAUUUUCUUCUCAGGAAGUCUGAAUAU